CUCUCCGUGGACCCUCCCACUAGCAGAAGAGUGACACGCCAUUCAAUCCCUGCCUGGCCCUUUGCUCGUAGGAAGCAGGAGGGAGCUUUGAUCGUUGUCGUACAGAAAGAUUAUAUUAAUAUCUGAUACAAACCGACGACAUCUGUGCUGCGUAAAGCAAAAGUUAGUCCGAAUCUUGUCGACAUGGGGAUCCGAAAAAAGACAAACAAGAAUCCGCCGGUGCUGAGCCAUGAGUUUGUCAUCCAGAACCAUGCAGAUAUUGUUUCCUGUGUUGCUAUGGUGUUCCUUCUCGGGCUGAUGUUCGAGGUCACCUCAAAGUUUGCAGUGUUAUUCAUAACUGUCCAGUACAAUGUCACCAUAUCAACACAUGGCCCAGAGGAGACGGCCGUAAACCACUUCCACCAUGGCAUCAAGGACUUGGCCACUAUCUUCUUCUACAUGCUGGUGGCCAUCAUCAUGCAUGCCAUUAUCCAGGAGUACGUGCUGGAUAAAAUCAACAGGAAGAAGCACUUCUCCAAAACUAAGCACAGCAAGUUCAACGAAUCGGGCCAGCUCAGCGCCUUCUAUUUAUUCUCCUUCGGCUGGGGCGCGAGCAUCCUGCUUUCUGAAAACUUCCUGUCUAAUCCGGUCACCCUGUGGGAGGGUUACCCCCAUACACUGAUGCCAUUCCAGAUGAAAUUCUACUUCAUUUGUCAGCUGGGCUACUGGCUACACGCUCUGCCAGAACUGUAUUUCCAAAAGACAAAGAAGGAGGAUAUUCCACGCCAACUUGUGUACAUCUUCCUGUACCUGGUCCACAUUGCAGGCGCCUACAUUCUGAAUCUGAACCGUCUGGGUCUGGUCCUGCUAGUGUUGCACUACUUUGUUGAGCUUCUGUUCCACGUUUCCCGCCUGAUCUACUUCAGCAACGAGAACAGACAAACAGGUUUCACCAUAUGGGCCGUUUUGUUUGUCCUUGGACGGCUGCUCACCUUGUCCUUGUCCGUCCUCACCGUGGGCUUUGGCCUCGCCACAGCUGAGAGUCAAGGCUUUGAUUUGGCUGCAGGAAACUUUAAUGUUCUUUUUGUUCGGAUGACUGUCCUGGCCGCAAUCUGCCUCACUCAGGCCUUCAUGAUGUGGAAAUUUAUCAACUUUCAGUUGCGCCGGUGGAGAGAGCAUGCCCAAGCUCAGACCUUAAAAAAGAAACAAGUUCCUUCCAAGAGCAAAUCAAAGAAAGACAAAGCCAAUGGAGUAAAUGGAGUGAACUCCCACGGAGCUGAUUCACCAAGAGCAAGAAAAGAGAAGUCAUCAUAAAUACAUUCCCCUCAGCCCCCUCUAUCACCCCCUUUUCAAAGACCCCCCCUCCCAUGCCUCCAUGGCUAUAUCCAACCGACCAACAUUUCCUCCAGCUCCCCGACCAUGGUAUGCAUUUUCAGCUCCCACACAGGACUGACCUCCCAGCUGGACUUCAAGGGCCGGAAUGCAUUUAGCUUUACUUGUCGCCAGUCGUCCAGCACGCCUUGAUUUUAAGAAUCAUUGUUCUGCUGUGCCAUUCCAAAUGAAAAGAAAACAAAUUCAGAAAUAAACUAUGAAAACAGACCUUAUUUAAGAAGUGCCUAUUGAUACGGAUUGUUUUGUACAGGGUGUGUAAUUUUAAAUUUUCAGGAAUGAUGACUUCAGUGUUUAGUGUUUCUCCCAAGUAAGGUCAUUUCAAGCUUUUUCCUAAAUACUGUGUAUUCCAGCUUGUGUUUUACUUCCCUUUUUUUUUUUCCUCUUGUACUUGUUACUGCUAGUCCAGCUCCUCUUUUUUGCCACUGACUCCUGUCCCUCUUUUCAGGGAUUUUUGUAAACAUUGUAUGGAGUUUAUGAAUUUCCUUAUAUCUCUUAUUUUUCCAGAAUAUGAAAGUUUUCAAUAUCCACUCAUGGAUAGAAUAGGGAAGAGUGUAUAAAAUCAACCAAGGAAAACAGCAGACAUCACCCUGUAAUACUGUGCAAAACUGCCCUGUGACCUGAUGUAGCAUUUAAUUAUUGGAGUUCAGAGCAGCUUUGUAAUCACAGAACAUGUUCCUUGCCAUGAAAUUAUACUUAAUCUAUUACAGUUCUGCCUAUAACGCCGUUAUUAACACAUCAGAGAUUUUUAAGGACAAAAUCAGGCAAAAUCAUUGUCUUGUAUGGUCCCUCUUCAUUUGCUGUUUAAGUGGAAUGGGUUUACUGUAUUUCUUUGGCCUUGCAUAUUAUUGCUUACCUUAAAAAUGUCCACAAGAAUGAUUUGUUGUAAAAGCACGGACUAGGGAUCAGAAAACCAUAUUUUGCUAGGCUGUUUUUCCCACUACCCACUAUUGACUGUGCCAAAUGAGCCUGAUUGACUGUUGAUAUAUGCCUUUUACUUACAUGCCAUGAAAUGAAUUUACAAAGCUAUGGAGUGCAGUCAAGUGUAUUUUAAGAAUAAAUCGCCUAGGUAACACUGGCUUAUUCUAAAGAAUAAACCCAUUAACUAAUUUUAGGUACUCAGUAGUUGAGUCAUGGUUGCCACCGGCAGUAUAUCAGCAGUGUAUGUGGUUUUCUCAACUUGUCCUGAUGGUUUAUCUAUUCUACAAAGGAAUAAAAUGUUUUAUUGAAAAAAGA